AUGUCAUACCAACAAGCAUCCUUAGGUGCUGUAACAAUAACGCUGAUGCUGCUGGCACCAACAGAAACCAACGCAGACAGUCAAAGCACCAAAGCGGCGGAAGCAGCAAACACACCAUGCAAGGCGGUUCUAUUCAUGGAGAAGCUGGCAGCAAGCCUGCAGACUAAGCUGGCAGCCGAAAUGGAAAAAGCCAAAGCCCGAACAGAUGAAGCAGCAGAACUAGCCGUCGCUGCAGCAGCAGCAGAACAAGACAAUAAGAGACUUGGAUACAACAUCUUGCGGGCGAUCGCCCUGCAGGCACAGGCGAAACAAAUGGCACAAUUAAAACAACUUGAUGCAGUAUACGCCCCGGCAGUGACACAGUUAGUCAAUUUAUCAACAAGACUUAGACAAGCGGCAAUGGCGAACAAGCGAAUCAUAAGCAGCCGCGGCACACCGACGCACGGCGCGGCGCCGGCAAACGGCGCGACUAAUGCUGACGCAAGCUGCAAAUACGCAGGCUGGACACAAACACUGGGCGACAUUAACUGCAAAGAGGAAACGGAGCUUACAGGUGACUUGGCCACAGCCAACAUACAGGCGGAAGGCCUUACGAAAAUCCCGUACCCGAACACAGCCUUUCUAAAUUCACUAGCUGCCGAUAUCACUGCGUUCAGCAAAGGCACGCCAACAAACGCGAACACGGGCAGCCAAACAUGGGUUUGCUCGAGCGGUGCCGACGCAGCAGUGGGUACAAUCGGCCAGAGCCAUGCGAUUGGCACAUUAGUGCAGCCAACAGCGGUAGAACACGGCUUAACAGCAAUAGAAAUAACAGGGGCGAACAAAGAAAAAAAUUGUAAGGGACCAGAGCAAGGGACAAGCACAGAGGAAAGGGCGAAGGCAGUAUUUCUGUCAGCAAUUUGCAAUCUCGCGGCGGUAGCAACUGAGUCAAUUGGCUCAGCACUAGCAACGACGACAACAGGCCUUAAAAGCGGAGCACAAGCGGCGACAAUCGUUAAAGCAGCCAUGCAAGGAGCAGGCCUGCUGUCUAGCGACGCAAAUAACGUCGACAAGGCGGCCCUGGAAAAGUUUAUAAGUUCAACUUUCGGCCCAAGCGACAAAGCAGUAGAAGAUGACUUCAUCGCACCCCUCGACAAAGUCAAACUCAACUAUAUCGCCAACAACAAAGAGACAACUGAAACGCCAACGGCCAUCGCACAAGGGAAGAACGUUGCUGUCGCUUUAGCUUUUUUCUCAGGUAAAGCUUUAAAAACAGGCGCAAUAAAGAAUACAAAGCCCGAUAUAGGAAGCAAACCAACAGAAAAAUGCAAGCCAGACACAAAAGAAAAUGAGUACAAAAAGGACGAAGACUGCGAACACAAAGAUGGAAAAUGCAAACUUAAAGAGGGUGUAAAAGUGGAGAAUGAUGGGAAGACAAACACCACAGCAAGAAAUUCUUUUGUCAUUAAUAAGGCCCCUCUUUUGCUUGCAGUUUUGCUUCUAUAA